UAUAGAUAUAUCGUGAGCUUGCUCCCAUAUAUAGAAGACGACCGGUUACAGGUCUAGGUGUCGGAUAUUUCCGCGGAUGUGGUAAGUUUCCAGUUUCCAAUUUCUAUGAGAUGAGUGAUAAGAAACGCAGAUAUGCUGGUCUGACGCUAAGGACGGUCAGUAUGGUGCUGACACAUCCGAAGGAGGCGUCAUGACUUGUGCAUUCAUCAAGUCGUCAAAGGAGAAUCCCGGGCAGUCCUAUCAAGAACUUCUCCACUCCAUCAGGAAGAUUAUCCAGAGUGAACGCUACGAGCAGAUUCCACAGCUGGAAAGUUCUCGUCUAAUGAACACUAGUCUCAAAUUUAUUUUAUGAACAUAUUGUAGUGGAGUGUCAAGUCCUACUAUACACGAGGAGCACGAACAGAGGGAGAUAUGGAACACCCAAGAAUAGAUAGAUAAUGUUCGUACUAAAUAUAUCAGGCUUUUGAACUACUGGAUAUAGUUGAUAUAGGAUCUGAUUUGUUACAAGUUUGUAGAUACAUAACAUUGCAGUAUGACACG